AUGAUCGAAUUAAGUCGGCGCAAAGCAGUCGAUGAUGGGUCAAUUGACUACCAAGCACUCGAUGAUGUUACUUUCCACCGGGAAUCGCUCUCGACACCUGUGCACAGUGAUAAAAGUACCUUUGUACCAUCAUCAUCAUCAUUAUCCGAAAAAUCUUUGACGGAUGGUGAUGAUGUCUCCUACGCCCAAAGGAAAUCUACACAAAUUUCAAGGCCUCGAUUCGCUCCCUGGGGAAUUCAUUGGAAGAAACCCUCGUUCAUUGGCUUAAUGUUUUUUGUUGGCUUCGUUCUUUCAUUGGUUCAUCACCUUUACUACAUGUCGCUCAGCGGCGUAAGAACUGGCGACGAGAAAAAACAAGCUUGGCCCACCCGUAUUGGCACCGGCUUUGCCUUUUUAAUUACAUCUUGUUUUAAGGCAACAACGACGGCCGCUUUAGGGCAAUAUAUUUGGACAGUUGUCAAACGCCAACCAUUGAGCAUAAGAAACUUGGAUCGUCUUUUUGCUUUGUCAACGGAUCCCAUAGCCCUAUUCAGUAUCGAGCUAUUAAAAGGAGCAAAACUUGCCAUCUUGUUAGGUGUCAUUACAUGGCUUCUGGGACUCGCAAGUAUUGCACCAGCAGCAACUUUGACAAUUGUUGCAAAGAACAUUUCCGAGGAAGUGCGUUUGCCAGUUCUUGAUUUUUCUAAAGCCAUUUGGAACAAUUCUGUGGAUGGCCAGUAUAAUGCAGUCUCGAUCACCAAUACCAUUGCGAUAAAUACAGCCUCAAAUAUCAAUGUGUUAGGAUUGUCUAGACAAGUGUCCGGAUCUGAAUGGUCAUAUACUUUGCAGUUUUAUGGCCCGUCGAUAAAAUGCAACGAACCGAACAAUAUCCAGCAGGCCAUAUUCAACAACAUCACCAAGUAUUAUGAGCAAAGCAAUGUCUUCACAUAUGACGAUCAAAAUGAUAAUCGUACAAAUACAACGUUCGGUGUGGGCUCUGGUAAAAUUGUUUACAGUUCGUGGAGCACUUGGUAUGCAGGAGGCACACCAAAUGCCGGGUUUCUUCCACCACCACUAGUAUUACAUGGGUCCUAUUAUCCUCAACUAUGGAUCCAGACUUCAACGUCGGAAUUGAUUUGUACUGCGGUGAACGCGACAUUCAAUAUCGCAGUAUCGUACAUUGAUGGAGUCCAGUAUGUCACUCAGCAAAACAUCGAAGUUAUUGGACGUUAUGAUCUUUCUUAUAUGGACGUCGGUGAUAUAGAAAGUGGACCUACAGUUACUGAUUCGAAAGGUGUUACAACCGCAACAGCAACUGGUGGAUCGGCAAAGGUAUUGUGGAAUCAAUAUAUUCCGCAUGUGUAUGCUCUUGGAGCUAUACUUGGCGGGAACAUAACUUUACGAGAUGUCACUCUUGGCAGUAGUCAGAAUGAACAAUACAGCGGUUAUGGAACAACUAAUAUUCUUGGGACAGGCUUGAUGGCCUGUGAGGAAAUCGCCAGUACCCCAUUCAAGAACGAAAGCUCAUAUCUUAUCGGCAAUCCCUCUUCUACGUUUACCAAUACCUUCACUUCAACAACACGACCUUGGCUAUGUCGAAAUCAAACUUUGGCGCGUGGUAUUGAAGAUUUAGCAAACAAUAUCACCAUCAGUUAUCUUAGCUCGCCGGAUUUGACGAGUGAUGGCGAUCUACAAAAAAUUCUCACCUCCAACACAAACAAUUAUUAUAUAUACCAUCCGUUUUGGCUUCUCAUAUCGUAUGGCUUGGCCUUCUUAUUUUCCAUAAUGGCUGUAGCAGUCGGUAUUCACGCUAUAAAAUCCAACGGGGUAGUACAUUCGAAUUCCUUUUCAGCUAUUGUUGCAACUACUCGUAACCCGGAACUGGACGAAAUCUUGGGGAGGUCUUGUUUAGGUGCCGAACCAUUGACAAAGGAUCCCGGACAGUAUAGGCUCAAAUUUGGACCGGUAUUAGAUCAGGUCAUAACAGGCAAUCCUAAGUCUGCUGAAGAAGAAUCUGAAAGUCAAUGGCAGAUGGAAAGACAUUCUCAUGUUGCAUUUGGGAUUGAACACAAUGUUGGACAACUAAGGAAAGGAGAUCUGUGUAUUUGA